AUGCUGGCACGACCACAGACUGCGCGAUCUGCUUGGCAGAGUGCCCAGCGCGCACUGCUCUCGUCGACUGCUGUGCGGCGAACCCACCCGACCCAGCCUCUUGACCCUCUUCCUCCUCGCCCCGACUCGACCCCGGCAACACCACCUCCGCCUCGUCCCAGCGCAGCGCCAAAUGCUGCAGCAGGACCCUCAGCCAGCAGCUCGGCUGGGACGACGCACUUUGGCUUCCGCGAUGUACCCGAGCAGAUGAAGGAGUCGCUGGUCAAGGGCGUCUUCUCCUCUGUCGCGUCAUCCUACGACGUCAUGAACGACGCCAUGUCGCUCGGAAUCCAUCGGCUGUGGAAGGAUCACUACGUCUCGAAACUCGACCCUCACGGCGGCCUCAAGUGCCUCGAUGUUGCGGGCGGAACGGGUGACAUUGCGAUGCGGAUCUUGGACCAUGCGAGGGAGAAGUACCGAGACAGGGAGACGAGCGUGUCGAUGCUGGACAUCAACCCCGAGAUGCUCGAGGAGGGAAAGAAGCGUUUCGCCAAGACCAUGUACCACAACACCCCGCAAGUCUCGUUCCACCUCGGCAACGCCGAACACCUCGAGCAGUUCGCAGACAACACGUUCGACCUGUACACCAUCGCCUUCGGCAUCCGGAAUUGCACGCACCCCGACAAGGUCGUCGAGGAGGCGUACCGCGUCUUGAAGCCUGGAGGAGUCUUGUCCGUUCUCGAGUUCAGCAACGUCCCGAACCCGAUUCUUUCGCAAGCAUACGACCUCUGGUCCUUCAACGUCAUCCCCGCGCUCGGCCACAUCCUCGCCUCGGACCGCGACAGCUACGCCUACCUCGUCGAGUCGAUCCGGCGGUUCUACAAGGCGCCCGAGUUUGCCGAGGUCAUCCGCAAAGCGGGCUUCCAGGUCGCGCAGAACGAGCCGUGGGAGCCGCUCACGUUCGGUAUCGCGGCAAUCCACACGGGUGUCAAGGUGUGA